UUUCGACCACCUCUGACACCAGGGAAUAGUAAUGACGGGUGAGACUGCACGGGAUAUUGGAUAAUGUCGGGACUGACAACAGCCUGCUAAGAGACAGAAAUAUAUUUCUGAAUGGUCUCCAUAAUAUUGACACAAAAAGCAAACCAAUUGUUUUUUAGGGUCUUAAUUACGGAUAAUAUAUUUCCAUCUGUGUUUCCUGCAUAAACGGUUGCACACGUUAAAACAAGCAACGAAAAUAAGCCUUGUUAGUGUACGCAAGCUAAUGUGACCAAGUGCUCGAUAUAUAGUACCCUGAAAACCAGAACAGAGUGGUAAAAUUGUUUUAUUUUAUUAAAUUCGGGACACUAUGCAACAUAUGACUUCGAUUUCACUACGUCAAGAUCCGAAUUACAACAAUGCUGACCCUUAAAAGGUAUAUGUACUAUACAGUUGAUGCUGAUGGCAAGUGGCUUGUGCCCACUGCGCGAAACGAGUAAUGGUAAAAGCAGAUGGCGAAGCGCUCCGUUCGUUGCUGAAAAUCGAAAAUAUGCAAAGCUUAAAGUUUAGUAUGUAUUCCUAUUCCACCGUCAUCCCUCAAGUAUCUUGAAACAUUCCCAGGAUUCUAUAUGGUAAGAUAUUUUAUCAACUGUCCAUUGAGUGUUUUGUACGCGUAGACUACAGGCUCUUUUGUCUUUAAACCCGCUCGGUUCCGAUUUUCCGAACGGUUCUUCAGAUGCAAACGAUCCGCUUAAACAAAUAUGAGCAAUAAUUGCUGCGAGACAGAUUGAGCCCCUAUCCUGCUUCUACAUAUGUCACACAGGACAGGAGGCAAACAUCAUCAGACAAACUUCACAGAUCGCUGAAGUCUCGAUAUAUUCAGCUCACUGACCAGGGGAAAAAUACUGCCAGUGCAGUUUUUUUUAUAGCCUUCCAAUUUGUUUGGUCCACGAUGUUCAAUGUUUCGGUGCCGCCUUAAUGUCUGGGCCCUUAAUACAAAAUUUAGUUAUCUUCUUGAAUUUGGUCAUACGUUGUUUGACAUUCAAUAGAUUGAGUUUUAUACAACUUUUAUAGAUGUGAUUAUAGGUACAAUUCGGUUUUCUGGAGCAAAUCUAAGAACAGAGUAAGUCAGCGAUGUCUGUAGUCAUUUAAGUUUCUUAUAUUAAAGUAUAGGAUUAUUGGUCGCCUUAAGAAUACCACUUUCAAUAACACUGUUGUCGAAAAAUGUCGAGUAAUUUCAUAUUUCCCUAAAAUGAAUUUGCUUUGAUAUAUUAAAAAAUAUGGAACACACUACAAAGGAUUUCGGUUAUUGUAACAAUAUAUUAUUCACGUGCUUAUCUAUUUUAUUACUCUUUUCUACACAGGAAGAUAUAUGUUUGGACUCUUUUUGAAAGCCUUUAAAUUAAAACGGGGAAAAGCACGUUAGAGCCACAGGAGAAGCAAGGCCACACCUCUCUCAAAUUUAUCUGGAGCACAGACCCACACACACACAAAAAGCCCUUUGAUGCCAUGGAGUAAAAAAUAACUAAUUAGAAGAAAACAACAUAAACCCACGUGGCUUUGUACAAGGCAGCCGAUCCGUUGUUUAUCCUCCAGCCAGGUAUAUAAUUCCUGAGCCGAAUGCAUCAAAUUCGUGUGCCAGGUUCUUGCUGAAAACUUGAUUUUCGCCUAACAAGCAGAGGUAAGUAGGGCAACGUUUAUUUACUUUUUAUUAUAAAAUAUUAGCAACGACAUCUAUUCGCAUCACGAUAUAUUUUAUGCUCCGAGAGUAAAGUAAAUAAAAGCUUCAGCAUCAUCGAUGUCGAUUAUUCGCAAAGGGCCUGCGUCUUUUAACGUUGCCAUCACCACGUGAAAGAAGUUUAGUACUCUCAAAGUUAGAAUAACGCGGAGAUGUACGAAAUAGCUUGACCACCCAGAUAUCACGUAAAUUGAACGGGAAAAAUCGGUCCCUACUUGAUGAGGUGAUGUGUUGGUAUGGUAAAACUUGAAUACGUAUUGCCUUAAUCGUAGCGAGUGAGAAAACGGGAGCGUGUGGCAUAAAACACUAUCAGAGCACACUAACGACCCGGAGCGCAACUGCAGCUGCAUCGAUGCGGAUGCCUCGCAGUUUCACGCCGUGGCGUCAGAAUGUUCUGAUAGCAACCGAUGGCUCGCUCGCCAGUGUUCAAGUUAACUGUGAUUAGGACAGCAAUAUUAGAGCGCAGCUCUUAUGCGCUCGUUUCCAGCUUGGGCGGUGUCACCGUCGGCGUAACCGCGCUUUGCAUUAUGGGACGUUUCCCAUAAUGACGUUACACGUGACCCUCCCUUCUGCACCCUCCCCUUCUCCUCCUCAAGAGCUGCGCUCUAAUUCGGCAUUACAGAAAAUCGUAAACGCCUUUAAUUUUUUUUUUUGUAAAAAUGAACAAAGAAACAAUGUUCUUGGAAAUUUCAACAUAGUAUUGAAACACACGUUUGAGUCGUGCCGACAACCAGGGUGCCGAAUGUAAUAAUUAUAAAACUCCAUUGCGGUGGUAGUCGAUCAGAUUGAAUGCACAAUUUAAUUUCCAUCUGAAAUUAAAAAUCUACACCGAGGUUAACGCCAGGACUAAGAAAAAAGAACACAUACUGUACUUUGAUAUCGCAAUCAAGCCGUCAUAUGCAGAAUUGAAAUGUAUAACACACCGGGUUUUCAUUACUUGUUAAAGGCCUACUUUCAUUAUUCACGUGACGUCAUGGGAUGUUGUCACGUAAUGUGACGUUGCACCAAACAGCGUGACACCUAACGUUGCUGGGUUUAAUAGAGCUGUUGAUACUGUGACUCAUGCGACAACGUGACGUCCCGUCACCUAACGUCGGAAGACGUCGGCUCACAUGACGGGCGCAGCGUGAUUAAACUUAAAAUCAAAGUUAGCUUCCAUCAGAAUGCAAUUUUGCUUAAAGGAGCUGAAACCUUCCUCUACAAACUUGCCGCCAAGGUGUUGUUUACACCUGUUGUCUGCUUUCUGCGUUUUUUCUUACAAAACCGCGUGGCCCCACCUCCCAAUAGAAGCAACAAACCUUUCACUUGGUCCAAGUCUUUUGUCCGCAGCGUCAGCGUGAGUUGCUAAAAUUUCGAAGUGUAAAUUGGCAACAAAAGUAUAGAUAUUUGAAAAAGCUAGGUUGCUACGUGCAGAGGCUGAUUUUUUUCAAAUAACUUUACGGGGCGCUUAGAGAUCGAUACAAUUCUAUAUUUUUUUUUCAGCGAUAUAACAUUAAUUAAUCUACUUUCCAGAUUGCGAUCAUCAUGCUUUCGGAAGUCUCAAUUACGCUGACGGUAUUAUGUUCAUUGUUGUUUGUCAAUCCUUGCUACGCAAGCAUCGAAGAAGGCAACCCAACGAAGGACUUUUACGACGAUAUGCAAUCCAGGCCCAUUCUCACAUACGAGUGCUACAACAACGGCAGCAGUAUUAAUCCACCAAAUUCGGUUAACUUGACAAUUAUCUGGGACGGAACAUCUCCAAACACAACGCAAGCCUACGGUGUCAUUUGGUCCGCGACAAAAGGAACGAAAGAUUCUUAUACAACACAAUUGCUUCAGACACAUUACGAUACUGCUCGAGGUGUAGCGGUCUUCUCCACUGACACGGUUACAGAAGAUAUAACAGUUGGAAGCAAGUUCGAAGGCAAAGAACUUUUCUUGAAGAUAAAUGUCUACGGCGGAGACACUGUCUACAAAAUCUACGACGUCGAUUUUCAAUGCACCAAUGCCAAGGCAUUCUUGCCAGAGGCCUGUCCGUCUGGCUGCGGCUUGGAGUUGUCUCGCGAAGUGUCUGACGAGUGAGGUUCCUGUCAUUCGAAAUUAUUCCAGGGGUUCAGUGUGCUAUUUCAGCCGCUUGAUAUAUACUCAUAUUCAAGAGAAAAUCUGCAGAUAUUCGCAGCAUUUAUUUUAUUCCAGACAGCCAGUUUCAGCGCACAUUUACUCUAUCAUUUUGUCAUAGUAAAUUGUUACCCACCUUUUAUGAAUGUAACCACUGCAAGAAAAAUAAACUGUCCUCAACGACAACUUCGACUU